AUGAAUGUUAAUCGUAAGAAACCAUUUUUCAUUCGAUUAAUUGCGAAGUCAACUGGUCCUGGUCUUGUUGUUAUUCGAAAAAUAAAAACAACUGGUAAUUGGUGUCCACUUUUAACAUUAUCACAAUAUGCUUGCGAAAAACUUAGCUGUACAUUUCGACAAACAUUUUGCGAUUAUAAAACGGAAACAAAUUCACGUGCCAAUAUUUUAUUCAAAAAUAACACAAAAGGAGUAACAGCAGAUAUUGACAAAGGACCAGGUUUAGCCGUAUUACGAUCACCACAAUUUAAGCUUUCACGUCCAGUUGAAUUACAAAUUAAGGUAUAUCAGUCAACAUUUGGUUCUCAGACGUUCUUGUGUGAUGAUAAUUUUAGCACUUUAUUUGAUUGUCAACCGAUAUUAGGACCAAAAAUAGAAUUGCCAGUAACAGAGAAAGUAAUCCUACCACUUGAUCAGGAUGCUCAAAAUUUCACAAUUCUUGCAGUGCAUGAUAAAUUUGUUGAAUUUGGUGCGGCAAAAUUUAUCAUUUCAAAUAUUGAAGUGCUAGAUGAAAAUGGCGAUUUAUUAUGCUAA